AUGUGGGGUACUGCUGAUCGUAGUUGUAGUAGUAGUAGUAAUAAUAGUAGUGAUGGUAGUGGUGGUGAUAAUGAUGGCAAUAAGUGCGAUGAUAAUUAUAAGGAAAGGUUUUUGUCUAUUGUUCAUCGUCUGAUUUGUCACAUAAAAUAA